GAACGCAGCCGAAAUUGAGAAAAUGGCAUUACAAAUCCGUCAUGCACGAAAAUGUUUUACGGUUUUCCCCGUUAUAACCAAACUGUUCCGGUCUUUUAACGGUAAAAGAAUGCCUAUAACGAAAGAACACAUUGAAAGCAAGUUGCAAAAGGAACUGGAAGCCACACAUGUGGACGUGGUAGAUCAUUCUGGUGGUUGUGGUGAAAAGUUCGCUUGUUUAGUGGUAUCAGAUAAAUUUGAAGGAAAGCCAUUGCUGCAGCGACAUAGGCUGGUAAAUAACGUUUUAAAAGAGGAAUUGGCGCAGAUUCAUGCGUUGUCCCUGCAAACUUUAACUACCAAGCAGUGGGCCGCAGAACAGUAGUAGUAGAGUAAUGGCGAGUUUAUCUAGAAGUAGCUUUUAUAAUUAUAAUGUUCAGAGUGAUGUGGAGUUGAAAGUAUCAGCGCCAGGAAAAAUAAUUCUCCAUGGAGAACAUUCAGUGGUAUACGGAAAGCUGGCAUUAGCAGCAAGUUUGGGCUUGCGAACCAAACUGCACUUGUAUGAAAUCGACUUGCCCAAUAAGCUGGUCUUGAAUUGCUUGCCGCUUGACUUCGAAUACGUUUUCGAUUUGCAAGAACUUAUCGAAGAACUGUUAGAUAAGCCCAUAGCAAUUACUUCGCACCCUUCAUCUUUCAACUGGGAGUCGCCAAAGUUAGUCAAUCAUCAAUCAUUGGUAGAAAUAGUGGAAAAUGUAGCUGUUGAAGCUUUGAUGAACAUAAAUCCUGCCCCUAACCGAGCAGUUGUUCAAACAGUUAUGGGUGUCCUUUAUUUGUUUGCUGGCAUAUUGUCGUCCACUUCAGUUAGUUUAUGCCCCAUGCGCAUCAUAAUAGAUUCGGAUAUUUCUAUGGGAGCUGGUACUGGCAGCUCGGCUAGUUUUUCAGUGGCUUUUGCAGCCCUUUUCAUCAGCUACCUCAAGCGCAAAACAAUUGGAUCGAAAAAUGUGUCCAAAGAUGGUUUCAAGCCAUUUUACUGGCCACAAGCCGACGUUGAUGUUUUAACUCAUUACACUUCGGGUGAACUUGAUCGAAUUUCCGACUGGGCCUUUCAAUGCGAAAUGCUGUUCCAUGGAACACCCUCAGGCCUAGACAACACGGUGUGUACUUUUGGCAAUUUGGUACAAUAUCGCAAAAACCACUCCACCACUCAUCUAACGCUCAACACUCCUUUGACUUUACUACUCGUAAACAGCAAAGAGCCCCGCGAAACCAAGAAGAUGGUUGCUGCAGUUGCCAAACUUAAGGAAGACUUUCCGCAUUUGGUGGAACAUAUUCUAGAGGCCCUAGAAGACUUAACUGUGAACGCUUCGGGUGUUAUUCAAAAAAUCGACACCGCUGCAGUUGCUGGCGAUGGCGCCGGUUUGAGCAACGGCUUUAACAAAUGGAAGACCUUGAUUGAAAUAAAUCAUAGUCUUCUAUGCUCUUUGGGAGUGUCGCAUCCGAAGCUGGAUAAAAUCAACAGAAUUCUGGACAAAUUUGGAUUAUCGGGAAAGCUUACGGGAGCAGGAGGAGGUGGAUAUGUAAUUUCGGUGAUUCCUCCAUCGUAUGAUCCAAAGGAGGUAAUCCGCGUACUGAAGAAGAAUGGUUUUGAAGUUACUGUUACGAAACUGGGAGGUCCAGGGGUUCGCGUUGAUUAAAUCGAUCCAGUUCAGUUGCUAAGCAUUGUACUCCUACGCUGUUAAUUUUUCCGGGAUUUAAUGUUGGUGGUGUUUUUUCCAUUUUCUACCUGUCAUGGUUAAUAAAGUUUUCUUACGAGUUGUA